AUGAAAGCUGAAAGGACUUUCUACACUGAAAAGACCUCAGGACAAUCUAAGAUGGCCGCCAAAAGGAAAGGUGGCCUAAAACUCAAUGCAAUCUGUGCCAAGCUGAGCCGUCAGGUGGUGUUCGACGGAAGGUCCCAGCAUGCUGAGGGAGACCUGAACGUGGCAGAGAACAGCGAGCGCAGGAGCUCCCACUACGACGACAGUAGCAAGCGAUUCGAGACCAACCUCCCAGAGGGCCUGAGUCUCAGCCAGAGCCUUGAAGAAGACCAGAAACGGCGUGAGGCCAUCGAGAAGUGGGUCAACGGGGAGUAUGGGGACAAACCACCACCCUCUGCCCUGGACUGUAGGGAGGAACAGCAGCAACAGCAGGGAUUCAAGUCCAACAAUGGUGAGGACAGACCCCCCGAGGGUGUGUACAUGGUGCAGCCCAAGGGCUGCAGUGAUGAGGAGGACGAUGCGCUUGUCGAGCCCGAACCCAUGCUCGACUCCCAGGAUGGCAGUUACCACGACGACAAGGACUCAGAAGACAGGCCUCACAAGGAGGACGUCUACAUGCAGUCAUCUAGCGAGCCCUCGAGUUGCCAAGCACCUUUCUCCUCUCCAGGAGAGGCGUCCGUUCUGCGAUACUACACAGCGAACACCAUGAAUGAGUUCCUGGGCAUGUUCGACUACAACGACCUGCAGGUGAGGGAUGAGCUGGCCAAGAAGAUCAGCGUCGAGAAGCUCAAAGCCGUUACCUCAGGCUCCAACCCGUCCUCCCUGAGCAGCGAGGAGGCCACGCGUCGAGCCCGCUUCUCCAAGUAUGAGGAGUACAUCCACAAGCUGAAGGCUGGUGAGACCCUCCCCUGGCCCAUCCACCCCAACCCCAAACCAGACGACCUCAACUCCAAGCUGGCCCAGGACAAGAAUGCUCUGCUUCAGGCUCAGGUGGCCACCUCUGGGGGGUGCCACUCCGGGGCCGAGGGACAGAUCUACCCCUCAAGUCUGGACCACAAGCAGGGGCAAGGGCAGGUUCACAACAUUGAGCACAACCCUCCACCACCCAACCCCACCUCCCACCUCCAGGACUUGGCCUCCCGCAUCUCCAAGUACGACUCCUUCAUCCAAAAGCUGAAGAUGGGCGAGAGCUUGCGGAGCCAGCAGAACGGCAAUGCCUACAAGAGGCCCUCCAAGUACGACCUGGAGAACAUCAGGUACCUGCACCUCUUCAAGCCCGGUAAGGGGAACCCCUACAAAACAGGAAAGGUGAGCCGCCCGUCUAAGUACGACAUCAAGAAUAUCCAAAAGUUGAUGCCGGGGAGGCCCGAGCCCUCGCUGAUGCCCAGCAUUCUGUCUGCCACGCCGGGGAAUGGAGGGACGCAAGGCACCCCUACCUCGGCCUCCUCCGCCGGGGCCACUGGCCACCCAAGGCUCACCAUGGAUCAGAUGGGCCACAUGGGCUUCAACACGUCCGACUACGUGAAGUCCAGCUUCUCCAAGACCGACUCCAUCACCACAGGCACUGUAUCCUCUGUCAAGAAUGGCCUACCACCGGAGAAAUCUGUCACCGAGGACAUCAACCUGUACCAGAAAUAUAUUGGCAGAAGCCGUCAAACCUUCCCGAAGCCCCCACCACCACCACCACCACCACCACCAUACCCCGAACCCCCCACCACACCACCAACUUUUAAAAGGUUCUCAGGGCGCCAGCACUGUGGACAUGUGCACUGUGCCUACCAGUACAGGGAGCAUUACCACUGCAUGGACCCAGAGUGCAACUACCAGAGGUUCACCAGCAAGCAAGACAUGAUCAGACACUACAAUAUGCACAAGAAGAGGGACAACUCUCUGCAGCAUGGCUUCAUGCGCUUCAGCCCACUGGACGACUGUAGCGUCUACUACCACGGCUGCCACCUCAACGGGAAGAGCACCCACUACCACUGCAUGCAGGUGGGCUGCAAUAAGGUGUACACCAGCACAUCCGAUGUCAUGACUCACGAGAACUUCCACAAGAAGAACACCCAACUGAUCAACGACGGCUUUCAGAGGUUCCGUGCCACCGAGGAUUGUGGGAUGGUGGAGUGCCAAUUCUACAGCCAGAAGACCACCCACUUCCACUGCAGGCGCCCGGGUUGCACCUUCACCUUCAAGAACAAGUGCGACAUUGAAAAGCACAAAAGCUACCACAUCAAGGAUGACGCGUACGCCAAGGAUGGCUUCAAGAAGUUCUACAAGUACGAGGAGUGCAAGUACGAGGGCUGUGUCUACAGCAAGGCCACCAACCACUUCCACUGCAUCCGCUCGGGCUGCGGCUUCACCUUCACCUCCACCAGCCAGAUGACCUCCCACAAGCGCAAGCACGACCGCCGCCACAUCCGCUCCUCGGGCGUCAUAGGCCUCUCCUCAGGCGGUUCCUUCCUGGUGCCCAAGGAGGAACCCGGGUAUGAGUCGAGCAAUGACGACCUCAUGGACUUCCCUGCCAUCAGCAGCAAGAACUCCAGCCUGAGCGCCUCGCCCACCACCCAGCAGUCGUCUAACAGGCCUGGCGCCCACCUGCUUGCCACACCCAACACGACGAUGUCGUCCUCCGGCGGCGGCCACGUCGGUCUCAAGCCCACCUCCUCACUGUCACACUCGGCACGCAUGUCCAGUCUGCUGUCCCAGGCACUGCCCAGCAACAUGCCUGUGGCGCUGGCAAUGUCCAACAGCGCCCUUGUCGGCGUCAACAAGCCCUUCUUCCCGCUCAUGCCCCGGCUGCCCAUGCAGCUUCCCCAUUCGGCCGCCAGCCUGAUCUCGGCCGUGUCAUCUGGUUCCCACUCCAUGCCCACUGACUCGCUGUCCCAGGCCAGUUGUUCCUCAGCGGGUAGUGAUGGUGCCAUGGCGUCCAUGCCGACCUCCUAUGGCUCGGCCUCUUCCAUCAUGGAGAAGAUCUCUGCUAGCAAGGGCCUCAUAUCCCCCAUGAUGGCCAGGCUGGCAGCGGCUGCCCUCAAGCCUUCCGUUAACCACCAAGACACAGGGAAUGGGCUGGCUGGCUCUUUGGCGAGUCGGUUCAAUCUGGUUCAAGUGAAGCAGGAGCCAGUUAACCAUACCUCCGGGGCCUCCCAGGACUCCAUCCAACAGCACAGCCUGGACCUGAGCAAAAAAGACCACAGGCAGAGUCAAAGGGACACACUCCUAAGUAAUGAAUCAAACGGACACCCUGUACCGGGAAAUACAUCUCUUUUAUCCUCACUUAUGAAUAAGACGGAGUUGGAGAGCGGCCAAGGGGCCGACACCUUGGAGGCAACGAAGUACCUGAGCCGCAUCAUGACGAGGCCAAUGCCAGUCAAACCCAUUGAGCUCUGGAGGACAUAUCUGCGCAGGUUCGACACGGCCAACUUCUGCGAGGCCCAGUGUGACUUCCUGCAGAAGGUCCACUUCCACUGUGUAGUGGAGGAAUGUGGGGCACUCUUCAGCACGGUGGACGGAGCCAUCAAACAUGCCAACUUCCACCUACGAGCCACGCUGAAAGUGAAAUCGGAGCCCCACUUCAACAAGGCCAAGGACUGCGGAGACGGAGCGUCCGUUCAGCCCGCCGCCCCCGUCUCCAAGGCCAAUAACCCCACCAUGGACAUGGCCAACAUGUCGUCGUCAGGCGGUGGCUAUGGUUCCUCGCACUCCCUGCUGGUAUGGAAGCAACUUGCGGGCAGCAUCCCCCAACUCAACGCCUCUAUGCCUAACCUGCCUACCAACUCGCCGCUGGCCAUCAUCUCUCUGGAAAACGCCAAGCCACAGGUCAAACCGGGCUUCCUGCAGUUCCAGGAUAAUGACCCUUGCCUGGCCACUGACUGUAAUUACUCCAACAAGUUCCACUUCCACUGUCUCUUUGGGAACUGCAAGUACGUCUGCAAGACCUCGGGGAAAGCCGAAUCCCACUGCUUGGACCACAUCAACCCUAACAACCACCUGGUCAACGUUCGAGACCAGUUCUCCUACUACUCCCUCCAGUGUCUCUGUCCCAACCAGCACUGUGAGUUCAGAGUGAGGGGCCAUUACCACUGUCUGCGACCCGGCUGCUACUUUGUCACUAACAUCACCACCAAACUGGCCUGGCAUGUCAAGAAGCACGAAAAGGCAGAGAGACGCGCAGCCAACGGCUUCAACUACUUCACCAUGAGAGAGGAGUGUGGCAGGCUAGGCUGCAAGUACAACCAGGUGAACAGUCACUUCCACUGCAUCCGUGAGGGCUGCCAGUUCUCCUUCCUGCUCAAGCACCAGAUGACUUCGCACACCCGCAAACACAUGAGGAGGAUGCUGGGAAAGAACUUUGACAGGGUUCCAUCUCAGGUCGUGUCCCAUAGCCAGAGGGCCGAUGACAUGAAGCACUUGUCAGGCAUGGGCUCAGGCCCCAUGGGCAUCCAUCCGGGUGUGACUCCUGGCUUCUCCAGCAUGAGGGACGAGACAGAUGACUACAUGGACUACAUGGGCGAGGGCAGCCCCCUGGGCUUCUCCUCUGAAUCCUCCAAUCAGGACCGCAUCUGCAACAGCACAUCCGUGGGCAAUGAGAGCUCCUCAUUAGGACCAGGCUGCCCGGUCACAACUGCUCCCUCUACCCCCACUGACACUAGCGCUCCCCAAAACGCACUUCCUCUACCACCUCCUCCUCAGCUUGGACUUCAGUCUCAGGCUCCAUCUUUUCCUCCUGCCCUCCUCCGGCCUCCUAUUCCCUCGCUCCCAUACCUCCUCUCUCCAUCCUGUCUGUCAUACUCGCUGUUCAGCGCCUCUCUUGGAGCCACUCGGAGUGUUGUCAUGCCAACCAACACACCAGUUUUCAGCCCCAUCAUUGCCACUCCAUCUCCGGUUAAAAAUGACGUCCCUAUAGUGCAGGAUGCUGCAGGCAACACCAUCUCCAUCCCUAUGGCCACCAGUGCUAAGAAACGCUUCUGGAUCAUGGAGGACAUGUCCCCCUUUGGCAAGCGACGCAAGACGGCUUCGUCACGCAAAAUGCUGGAUGAGGGCAUAAUGCUAGAGGGCUUCCGCCGCUACGACCUGUAUGAGGACUGCAAGGACUCCGGCUGCCAGUUCUCCCUGAAGGUGACCCACUACCACUGCACCUGUGAGAACUGCGGCUACAAGUUCUGCGGCCGCACGCACAUGUACAAGCAUGCGCAGCACCACGACCGCGUAGACAACAUAGUCCUGGACGACUUCAAGCGUUUCAAGUCCUCGCUCAGCUGUACUUUCCCAGAUUGCCAGUUCUCGGGCAACAGCACCCACUUCCACUGUCUGCGCUGCGGCUUCCGCUGCACAGACAGCACAAAGGUGACAGCCCACCGCAAGCACCAUGGCAAGCAGGAUGUGAUCAGUGCCGCCGGCUUCUGCCAGUUCAGCUCCAGCAUUGACUGCGAGGUGGCUGACUGCAAAUACAAGCUCAAGUGCUCACACUUCCACUGCACCUACCCCGAGUGCAAGCACACGGUAGUGGGUAUGUCCCAGAUGGAUUCCCACAAGCACAAGCACGAGAAGCAGGAGCGCAGUGAGCCUCCGUCGGUGUCACCCCUCCAGGAGGGGGCGCAACACAUGGGGGUAGGAGUGGCCGCAGUGCCUCACGCCUCCAUGGGCAUUCCUCCAGCCUCUCUCGGUGGCCUCCCAGGACUCUCCCACCACAACAACAACCAUGCCCCAUCCAUGUUCUACCCCCCAGCCAGGCAGACAUCUGACAACAACCACCCCUACCCAGCCUCCUUGGUCAGCCUGGACAGCUCCCUCAACCUGGGCACCGACACCAGCAGCUCCUUGUUCUUCCUGAAGAAUGCAGCUGGCCUGGGCCUCAAUGACUCGCUGGACCUGAGAAAAAAGAUGCAGCAUCACCAUAACCCAAGCCUGACCAUGGCUGCCGGGCCCAACCCCACAUCGCCGCUAGAUCUGCCCACUCCUCAGGACGACACCACGGGAACAUCUGGCGACCCUGAAGAUGACCUGUCACCCGAGGAAAAGGCCAACAAAGAGGAGGAGGAGGAAGAGGAUGAGGACGAGGCGGAGGAGGAUCUGAACACUGACUCAUACGAAGAUUCGAUGCCAGAGCUCGACGGCGACAAGGACAAUGGCGAGAGUUUUGACGCUUCUGUAAACUGACACUUCCCAACUGGAAUAGCAAGAGGCUGAUCCAUGAAAGAUACUCUGAUACUGAAGAACAAUCCUGUAUACUAUGAACAAACUAAUUAAAGUGGCCUUAUUUAUCAUAGGUAGGGACACUGCAGAUGACAACAAGAAAACAACAAUAAAUGAUGGCCCAAAAUUAUUUAUUAUGAUGUUUACAAGAUGACCAACAUUAUUAAUUCAAUUAUGCAUAAAAAAGGAACAGAGACAAACAAUUAGGCCCUCUUUUACAUGUGGGUCAGCAAUGUAAACAUUUUACUACAAAUCAGUCUUUUUGUGUGUGUGCAAGUUUGACUUUAAUUUAUUUAACUUUUAGCUUUUACCUUUUUUGUGUGUGGAAAAAAACUAUAUGAAAAAAACGAAUCUCUCUCUAUAUAACAAUGUAUGUAAGUGUGUGCGUGAACUUUGAUAUACAAAGGAAAUUAUUGGUGAAGUAUUUUAAUGAACUGCAGGACCCUUGUUAAUAAUGAAAGGGAAAGACAUCACUGUUAAAUUACAUUGAAGGAAAA